AGUCACUGGAGAUCGAUUUUUUCCUUUUACGUGGCUUUCCAAUUGAUCGAAAUUAUCCAUGCUCCAACCCAACUUGAUCAUCUUCUCAGUUGAACUCAUUGCCUAAUCUGAGCUAUUCACAAAUUGAGUUUUUUCAUUGAAGAUCUGGCAAAUGUUUGCUGGGGGAGAGAUGUCAAGGAUCCAUAUUGAUGGGAAAGUAGUGGAGUGGGUUGACUUGCUGAAGAAGAGACACGGGCUAUGGCGUUUGGAUGUGUGGCCAUUUGCCAUUCUUUAUGCUUGUUGGCUUCUUACCGUCGUUCCUAGCAUAGAUUUCGGAGAUGCUGUGAUAGUUUUUGGUGGGCUGGUCGCUAUUCAUAUUUUGGUGUUGCUUUUCACGGCUUGGUCGGUGGAUUUUAGAUGUUUUGUCCAGUACAGCAAGGUGAAAGAUAUUUACCAUGCAGAUGCAUGCAAAAUAAUUCCAUCAAAGUUCUCUGGUUCUAAAGAAGUUGUGCCACUUCAUUUUCGUAGAACAUUGUCAGGUUCAUCAUCAACUCCUUUGGAUGCGGAAGAAAUUUAUUUUGAUUUCAGAAAGCAAUGCUUCAUUUUUUCAAAGGAGAGGGAGACCUUUUGCAAGCUUCCUUACCCUUCAAAAGAAACAUUUCGAUACUACCUCAAAAGUACAGGCUAUGGGUCAGAAGCUAAAGCGGCUGCAGCCACUGAGAAGUGGGGUCGGAAUGUAUUUGAAUACCCACAGCCCACGUUCCGGAAGUUAAUGAAAGAACACUGCAUGGAGCCUUUUUUUGUGUUUCAGGUCUUCUGUGUGGGUCUCUGGUGUUUAGAUGAAUAUUGGUAUUACAGUUUGUUUACCUUGUUCAUGCUAUUCCUGUUUGAAUCAACAAUGGCAAAAGCUCGGUUGAAGACACUAACUGAGCUUAGGCGUGUGAGAGUGGAUGCGCAGACCUUAAUGGUGCAUCGCUGUGGAAGGUGGGUGGAGCUCCCUGGAACAGAACUUCUUCCCGGAGAUGUUGUGUCAAUUGGGCGCUCUUCUGGUCAGAAUGGUGAAGAUAAAUCUGUUCCAGCAGACAUGCUUAUAUUAGCUGGAAGUGCGAUUGUGAAUGAAGCUAUUCUAACCGGCGAGUCUACUCCUCAGUGGAAGGUUUCAAUUUUGGGUAGGGGAUUUGAGGAGAAGUUAUCAAUUAAGCGAGAUAAAAGCCAUAUGCUUUUUGGUGGCACAAAGAUAUUGCAGCAUACUCCAGAUAAGUCCUCUCAUCUAAAAACUCCUAAUGGAGGAUGCUUGGCCAUUGUGCUACGAACUGGGUUUGAGACUAGCCAAGGCAAACUAAUGCGGACAAUAUUAUUUUCUACUGAAAGGGUUACAGCUAAUAGCUGGGAAAGUGGGUUGUUCAUUUUGUUCCUAGUUAUAUUUGCAAUCAUUGCUGCUGGUUAUGUACUUAAGAAGGGGUUAGAAGAUCCAACAAGGAGCAGAUACAAGCUUUUCCUGAGUUGUUCCUUGAUUGUUACCUCUGUCAUCCCACCUGAGUUGCCAAUGGAGCUAUCAAUAGCUGUUAAUACAUCUUUAAUUGCGUUAGCACGACGUGGGAUAUUCUGCACGGAACCAUUUCGAAUUCCCUUUGCUGGGAAGGUUGAUAUUUGUUGUUUUGACAAGACAGGAACUCUCACAUCAGAUGACAUGGAGUUCCGUGGAGUAGAUGGACUUACAGACAGUAUGGAUUUACAGUCAGAUAUGACUAAUGUGCCCGUUAGGACAGUGGAAAUUCUUGCUGCUUGUCAUGCCUUGGUGUUUGUUGACUACAAACUGGUUGGCGAUCCUCUUGAAAAGGCAGCGCUUAAAGGUGUAGAUUGGUCUUAUACGUCUGAUGAGAAGGCUAUGCCCAAAAAGGGGGGUGGCCAAGCUGUGCAGAUUAUUCAAAGACAUCAUUUUUCUUCUUACUUGAAAAGAAUGUCAGUUGUUGUUCGUGUUCAGGAGGAAUUUUUUGCUUUUGUGAAGGGUGCCCCAGAAACUAUCCAGGACAGGCUAACUGAUUUGCCAUCAUCGUAUGUCGAUACCUACAAGAAAUAUACACGUCAGGGAUCUCGAGUCUUGGCCCUUGCAUACAAGCAUCUUCCAGAUAUGGCGGUUAGUGAAGCUAGAAGCUUGGAAAGAGAUUUAGUGGAGAAUGAUCUUACUUUUGCUGGCUUUGCAGUUUUUAACUGUCCUAUUAGAGCAGACUCAGCUUCUGUUUUGUCUGAAUUGAGAGGAUCUUCACACGACUUGGUGAUGAUUACUGGUGAUCAAGCUUUGACAGCUUGCCAUGUUGCUAGCCAAGUUAAUAUUAUUUCAAAAUCAACACUGAUUUUAAGUCCAGCAAGGAAUGGAGAUGGUUUUGAAUGGGUUUCACCCGAUGAAACUGAUAUCAUUCCCUAUUGUGAGAAAGAGGUGGAAGCUUUGUCAUGCUCCUAUGAUCUCUGUAUUGGAGGAAACUGCUUUGAAAUGUUACAGCAGACUAAUUCUAUUCUCCAAGUCAUCCCAUAUGCGAAGGUUUUUGCAAGGGUUGCUCCUGAACAGAAGGAACUUAUCAUGACUGCUUUUAAAACUGUGGGAAGGAUGACAUUGAUGUGCGGAGAUGGAACCAAUGAUGUUGGAGCUCUGAAGCAGGCCCAUGUAGGAGUUGCUUUACUCAAUGCAGUGCAGCCAGCUCAAUCUGGAGAUCCGUCAUCCUCACAAUCAUCUAAAUCCAAAACAAUGCCAGCCAAGUCAAAGAAAUCAAAGUCUGGCUCAGAGUUAAAUGGAGAUAGCAAAAGUAUCUCCACGUUGGACCCUAGUGCUCCAGGAAGUAAUCGCCAUAUUACAGCUGCUGAGAAGCAGAGGCAGAAAUUGAAGCAGCUCAUGGAUGAGAUGAAUGAGGAGGGUGAUGGUCGUGCCCCACCUAUUGUCAAGCUUGGUGAUGCAUCUAUGGCAUCACCCUUCACCGCAAAACAUGCAUCUGUUGCCCCCACCAUAGAUAUAAUCCGUCAGGGCCGCAGUACAUUGGUAACCACCCUCCAGAUGUUCAAGAUCCUUGGCCUCAACUGCCUUGCAACAGCAUAUGUGCUCAGUGUAAUGUACCUGGAUGGUGUCAAGCUUGGUGACAUGCAGGCCACAAUUAGUGGAAUCUUCACAGCCGCCUUUUUCCUCUUUAUUUCUCAUGCCCGCCCCCUUACUACGCUCUCAGCUGCCCGGCCCCACCCAAACAUCUUUUGUGCAUAUGUCUUUCUUUCCCUCCUGGGUCAAUUUGCAGUUCACAUCCUUUUCUUGAUUUCUGCUGUCAAUGAAGCUAGCAAGUACAUGCCAGAGGAAUGCAUAGAACCAGACUCAGACUUCCACCCCAACCUGGUGAAUACUGUCUCGUACAUGGUGAACAUGAUGAUCCAGACUGCCACCUUUGCUGUCAACUACAUGGGCCAUCCAUUCAACCAGAGCAUCCCUGAGAACAAACCAUUCUUUUAUGCUCUGUUGGCUGCUGGUGGGUUUUUCACUCUCAUCACUUCAGAUCUGUUGAGGAACUUGAAUGAUUGGAUGAAGCUGGUGCCACUUCCGGAGGCGUUACGAGGAAAGCUUUUAAUUUGGGCAUUGCUAAUGUUCUCAACCUGCUACAUUUGGGAGAGAUUGUUGAGGUGGGCUUUCCCUGGCAGAAUGCCAGCAUGGAAGAAGCGGCAACAGGAAGCAGCAGCUACCCUACAGAAGAAGCACUUGUGAUUGCAAAGCAUAGAGGACAGUCCAGUGGCAGUGAGCUCUGCUGAUAUGUUGCCAUUACAGAGAAGUGGCAAAUGGGCACAAGAUGACAGAAAAUAGCAACACUGGCGAUUCGUCUCCGCUAACCAUGCCACCUGCGAUUUUGAUCCGUAAUGAUGGACAAUAGACUCUGCUUAACUUAAGGGUUACCUUUCAGUCAUUAUUAUUGCUAUUCUUUUCAUGGGAAUUUCUAUCCCUUUUGGUUUCUCCCUCAGUGAAUUGCUGAGAACUAUCAACAUUCUGUAAUAUCAUACAAACUAGGUAAAGGUGUAAAAUUCAGGGUUAACGGCAAUGAACAGUUAAUAUGAGGUUUUAGUUUUGAGA